AUGGACUUCGGCGCCAAGGGGCUGGGCGCCCGCCUGCGCGGGGCCCCCGGGGCCCGGCUCGCCGCCAGAUCGCUCGGCGGACCGAAGGCGCCGACUCGAGGGUGUGGCCCGACGGCGCAUCGACAGGGCGCGUUUCGCGCUGUAGCAUGCACACCGCCGCGGCUUCCGGGUCCGUCCGCCUUCGGUGCGGCCGGCUCGAAGAUCGCCAAGGUCGCCAGGAUUGCGAGGGGAAGUGUCACCCAGCAGAAUGGGAACAUUGCGAUGAAGGCGGCCGUAGCUUCAGCAGCGCCCACCGAAUGGGAGGGUGCUAAGCCAGUUCCCCUGGCCAUCACACUUGCCGUCGGCCUCGUCAUCAGGUUCCUUGUGCCAGUCCCAGAGGGAAUCACAAUGAAGGGCUGGACACUCCUCUCCAUUUUCCUCUCCACGAUCUGUGGCCUGGUCUUGGAGCCCCUGCCAACUGGGGCAGUCGCUUUCCUGGGCCUCACGGCUACCAUCCUUUCUGGCACCCUCACAUUCGCCCAGGCCACAGCUGCGAUGACGUCGGAGGUGAUCUGGCUCAUCGUGGUGUCAUUUUUCUUUGCUAAGGGCUUUGAGCUGACUGGGCUGGGCAGGCGGGUGGCAUUCCUGUUUGUCAAGGUCUUUGGGAAGAACACAUUGGGCCUGUCGUAUGGCCUCAACGUGGCAGAGGGGUUCAUCAGCCCUGCGAUGCCUUCCACCACUGCCAGGGCUGGAGGCAUUUUUGUUCCCAUCAUGGCUAACAUUGCCAGGAAUGCGGGGAGCACACCAGAUUCGAAUCGCACGAAGUUGGGCGCCUUCCUGGUGCAUUCGCAAUUUCAAACUAGCUCCCACACAUCGGCCCUCUUCCUAACGGCUGCUGCACAAAACCUCUUAUGCCUCAAGCUUGCAGCGGACACGAUCGGCACCAUCGGAAACCAGUUUGUGACCUGGACGCUUGGUGCCUUGGCACCUGCAGUGGCAGGGCUUGUCUUGUGUCCCCUGCUCAUGUACCAAAUGAUGCCGCCUGAGCUGAAAGCAACCCCAGAGGCGCCCAAGGAAGCUGAGAAACAACUUGAGAAUAUGGGGCCCAUGUCAAGCAAGGAAUGGAUCAUGCUUGGCACCAUGCUGUUGGCCAUCACUCUGUGGGUGUUUGGCGAGAGCCUCGGCAUCCCUGCUGUGCUUGCGGCCAUGAUGGGCCUCUGCAUCCUACUUCUCUCUGGCACCCUUAAGUGGCAGGAGUGUCUGAACUAUGCCCCCGCCUGGGACACCCUCUUCUGGUUCGCUGUCCUCAUCGGGCUCUCUGGCCAGCUGAACUCGAUGGGCAUCAUCAGUGCCUUCUCUGCGAAAUGCGGGGCUUUCCUCACAAGCCUCAACCUGGGCACGAUGCCCCUGUUCGUCAUCCUGCAUGUUGUGUUCUUUGCCAUUCACUACCUGUUCGCUUCCCAGACGGCCCAUGUGGCCGCCCUGUACUCUGCCUUCUUGACGCUCAUGCUGUCAGCAGGCGUCCCACCGCUGAUGGCAGCCCUCUCCCUUGCCUACAAUGCCAAUCUCUUUGGUUCCAUCACACAGUUCGCAUCUGGCCAGGCUGCCGUCUAUUAUGGCUCUGGUUUCAUGACGCUGCAAGAGGUCUUCAAGAUUGGUGCCCUGUUUGCAUUCCUGAACUUGACGCUGUGGCUGGGCAUCGGCAUCCCAUGGUGGAAGAGCCCGAAGGCUGCCCAGGUCGCCAUGUACCCCUACGGCGGUCAAGGGCAGUCGGCGCAAGGGGGCGCUCUGGUGCCCGGAGGCCAGCGGCAACCGACCCCAGCGCAGGCACCGACGCCCGCAGAAGUGGCUGCGCUUUUGGGCGCAGACCAAAGCGUCAGCUCGCAGCAACGCGCAGCUUGGGACGAGUCACAGUCAUCGGUGCAUUGGGGGCGAUCGUCGGCGUCGGGAUCAGAGGGGCCACCACAGAAUCGAGAGGGGCGGUACCUUUGGCAAGGUCAAUGGGAUGAGUCAUCGUCGUGCUCUGGAUAUCAGCAGGAGGGAUCCUUGAAAGAUUGGGCAUCUGAGCAGUCAUGUGGAGACUUCAGAUCACAAAAGGGAAUGCCAGUGCCCUUGGCUGAUCCAUCGGGUGGGCCAUGCACAGACACUGGAUCAAAAGAGCUGGCCAAUGGGCACCCGCAGGACCCUGGCACAGGUGCAAUGUUGCUGUCCAGGGGAUUGCCUCCCGGCCAGGCGUUUGGUGCAGUGGACUCUGAGAGCCAGGUGCACAAAGCCCCUGCCAAUGAGCAACUGGCUGCAUUGGGGGGUGCAUUGCGCAUUGAGGAUCUGUCGGCGCAGCCAUGGGGAAACUCCAGAACUCGCAAGGGAGCAUGCUCCCCGGUUGAGGAAACACUGGAGCAGCCCAGGGUGCACUCUAAGUCUCAGCGAGAAGGAAAGAAGGCCUCUCCGGUCCCUAGAAUGGGGGACACAGCUAAAAGGAGGCUAGGGCAGCUGCAUAAAGAAAUCGUAGAGUUUGCAAAUGAGUGCUUUCCAUCCAAAGAUGAGCUGCAUUUACUGGAGCGAGGUCUGAAACAAUUGGAGAACGUGGUGUCAGAGGUGUUUCCUAAAUCAAAGACUGUCCUGUUUGGGUCUCAGGCCAGUUCCUUGUCAUUGCCUGGCAGUGACAUGGACAUUGUCAUCCUUGGCGUCUCUGGCGUUCGAGACAUAUUUUCUGUUCCUGCCGAACAGCUCACCAAUGCUGAGAAGCACACAGUGAAUGAUAGACUGACGCAGUUGCGUGACCAUCUGAAACACAAUCGGUUACUCCUGGGCAGGGCCUUAGUGGUGGGCCAUGCACAUGUGCCUGUGUUGAAGUUGGGCAUGAAGCUUGGUUCAAAAACAUUCGUGCCUGUGGAUAUCACCAUGGGCGUGAAAAAUGGUGCAGCGGCGGUGGAAUUGAUUCAGAGUUACGUGUUGAGGAUGCCUGCUGUCCGACCUUUGGUGGUCGUCCUCAAAGCCUUCCUCAAGAAGCAAGACAUGAAUCAACUGCAUAAGGGAGGGGUUUCCAGCUAUGUGCUUUUCAACAUGGUGGUGUCAUUCUUGGUGCGCGAAGGCCAUAAACCCAACAAGGAAGGUGUGCCACUAAAACCAUCUGUUGCAAGGCAGAUCGAAUUUCUCCAGACGUCAAUGCUGGAAAUGAAAUGUAAUCUUGGCGACUUACUUCGUCGGUUUUUGCAUUGGUAUGGUUUUGGCUUCCCAUACGAGACUGAAGCAGUGAGCAUCAAAUACCCUUGGGAGGAUGGAGAGGCAACCACAGCAAAAUGGAAGUUGGCUGAUGAUUCUAGGCAAUCGAAAAGCAUAUUGGCUGUGGAAGAUCCACAAGCUGCCGGCAAGGACAUAUGCAAAGGUUCAGGACGCAUGCAUGAUGUGAAGGAGCUGUUUCAAAUAAAAGCAGAAAAGCUGGACAUGGUUUUAAAUGCCCCAGAUGGUCCAAGGCUGCAGGACAGAAAAUAUGAGAUGCUGGAUCAUGUGUUCAAGAUAGGAGAUGUGUCAAACGGCAGGCUGAUCCGCAGGUUUAACACAGGGGCCAACACAAAGGCACUAGGUGAGGCCCGAGUCUAUACAAGAAUUAUACGAGCUUCCCUUGAGGGUGUUUCUGAACACCUUGCUCUCUGCUGCGGUCGCCAGAGAAGUCAUUGGACGCAAUGCUGCAAACGCAGUAUGUUGCCUUGA